UAGUCAAUUUUCUCUUGGCACGGUCUACAUCGCCGAAGACCAGUCGAAGACGUUUGCACGUCUAUGGUCCGCGAUAAUUGAGAAAACAAACGCCAUUUCCGUUUAUAAACACCAACGGGUGAAUAACACUCAUCCUGGGGGAUAUUUUUUCAAGUGAUUGUUGCUGACGUUUGUUGCGCUGCAUGUGCAAGUUUACAUGAAUCACUGAAGUGAUAGUUUUGGCAUGAGUGGAGACGCAGAAUACAGGAAAUUGGAAAGUACAUCCAGACGAUUGAUGUAAUGUGGAGGAGGAUGCGAGGGCAGGGAAGAAAAUUGUCCUGGUGACCGGGCCGUAGUUGAUCGUUGAUCAGUGGGGGGCUGAAAACUGUCAAGCUGAAUUGCUAAAGAAGAGAGAGUAGGUCGGUGAGAGAGUAGUAGAUCAGCACAAAGUCGGCUGUACCCUCGAUGCUUACUCUACGCCUGGUGUCUACGCACUUCUUGAAGCAACCAUAGGGUGUUAUCCAUCGCCUCGGACGCGAUAAAAUAAACUACACUUGAUAUAAUGUGCCGCGAUAGAGACAUGAACCACGAGCACUUGUUAAUGACCAACAAUUAUCAUCUGGAUCGAUGAGCCAUUGAUUUUUUAAAUCGAUCUAAUUACACUGAACUGAGUGGAUAAAACAUCUUAUUGUUAACAGGAUUACUGGGUAAAGUCGUUGGUAAUCUUGUAAAGUACUCAUCUGUAAUUCAAUUUAACGAUUCAUCAAUUGUCACGUAUUAUUUUGCCACUUUUGGGCAUCAUCUCGAUGUGUUAUCCUCCUGCGGCUAUUGGACGUUAUCGAUAUUUUUUAAGUGAAUUGUCGUUGUUUCGGGGAAAUUUCACUCAUCAAUUGUGUUAACUGCCGUUGAACACGGCUCACAAAUCGCUUGUGAUAUACUUCAAUCUGUGGAGAGCUGCGAAAGAGUGCAUUUGCGGCAGUGGGUCGCGGUGCAGGCGGACUGGGAUGAGACGCCCGCAGCAGGAAGUACAUCAACAUCAACGUCAUUGCCAGGGAUCUCCACCCGAGAGUCCGAUUGAACCGCGUCAACGGACCACCAACGUCAAGGACGAGUCACGAUUGGCGCGUGUGAAACGCGUGCUCACUGGUUCUCUUCUCGGUCGUGGUAUCGCCAGUGCCGACUCUAAACGUGUCUUUGGUGCUCGACUCGAGCUAGUCGACUCUUAUCUGGACACUGGUGUUCCCUACGUGGUGCACCGGCUCUGCAGGUACAUUGAGCAUCAUGGCUUCCAGAGUGCAUCGGUCUUUCGUCUCUCGGGGGGCAGUCCUCGAUUGACUGAGCGACUCAGGGCAGCCUUUGAGAGACGAGGCGAUGCCGAUCUCGAGGGGGCGGCAUGCCCCUCCACCGCCGCGACGAUGCUGAGGCAGUACCUCAAGGAACUGCCACAACCACUCGUUCCAUCAUCCAUCGUUUCCCAGCUCAUCAAUAUCCACGCUCAACAUCACUUGAGUAAUCGAGACGCCUGGGUAGAACGGACCCACCAACUUCUGCUGAGUCUCCCCCCAUCACACUACCGCCUCUUCGGGUACUUGGCAAAUUACCUCAGCAAGUAUGAAGCUCGCCACGGUAGAAGCUCUGGUGUUUGCGGGGUAUUUGCACCAGUUGUGCUACCCCACGUACCACCGGCCACCACUCUCCUCCGGGACAUCCUAGCCGAGGCUGCCAAACUCUUCCCAGGCUGUGUCAAGGAUUCGGGAAGUUAUUCGACAGUCACGGCAAACGAUAAUAGGGACAGUAAGGAUACCAAGGAGCUGAACGAGGUUUCCGAGCAGACCGGGGAUAACUUGCAUUGCGCGCUGAAACCGCGCAAGCGAAAGGAACAUUGCGAGUCCUGUUGCCAAGAGAGAAAACUCAUCAGAAGCAACAGUGAGGAACAAAUUUUAGAUAAAAAUAGUUCGAACGCAGCGGAAACGAUCCGAAGAGUCAAUAGUCACGAGGAUUUCAACAGCGAUAAACAUCUCCAUACUUUAACGCAUUUAUCUCAAGUUGGAGCAGACAUGGGGCACGGAGUGAGAUGCGGAGGUCUGCCCCUCCACGAGAGAACCAAUGUGUCGCCGGUCUCGAAGCCCUCGCCCUUGCCCUCCCCCUGCGACAUCCUCCUCGUGGCUGAGCGGCUCGAGUGCGAUGUGGAGAGACUCCGCAGCACCGAGAGGUUCAGCCGGAGCCUGACCCCCCGCUGUCUCCGAGUGAAUCGUCGACGACGAGUCCACAAGACUCUCAAGGUCGACCAAAACUCCAGCAAAGAGAACGAGGAGGAAUUAAUUCCAGAGCUUUAUAUUGAAUCCUCCACGGAGAAUAAUAGUAGCGCAGAUGAGACAACAGGGCCUAGUUUUCUUGACCUCCUGAGUAGUGGACCCUCGCGUUCCCCCUCACCGGUUCGUGCGCGUUCCCUAGACCACGAGGACUCCAACAACCCCGUUCCCACGAAUUGGAGUUUCACGAUGCGUCAAACAGAUCCGGAGAGUGGGCCACCCACUGAGGACGACAAGGAGCCGACAGAAUCGAUGCUCUCCCCGCGAAACUCCCUCCUGAUUCCACGGAGGUUCUACUCCGAGGUCAACGGAACACCAACGAUUCCCAGCCCCUCGGAGCUUGGCCUGAAGACCCUCACGAAACACAUAAACGGUCUGAAGAAGAAAAUAAAGAAGUACGAGGACGAAUUCGAGGAAAAUUUUGGCUAUCGUCCCAGUCACUCCGACAAGAUGAGCAAUCGCGAUAUCAAGAAACUGUGCGGAGAGCUCAAUAAACUGCGGAAGGAGUAUAAAUUACUGAAGGAGGAUCCCAUAGGUGCCCUGAGAGCAAACGUAAAACUGACUAAAUCCUCCAGUUUGAAUGGACGGAAUCAGGAGAACUCUCCAGCGAACAAUAACAACAGCCAGGAGUUCAAGUCCAGGGCAACGAUGAUGGAGGACAUGGUGAAGGAGGUGGAGAGAAAGCUGAGUGAGAAGCGGCUGAAGUACGACCGACCUGAUAACAUGGAGGAGAUGACCUAUGAGCAGCUGCUGGACGAAAAGACUGCCGUCCAGAAGGCGCUUCUGCACAUUGAGGGGGCUUUUGGAAGGCCUGUAGCCAAGGAGGACAGGGCAAUGGUGCGAGAUCUUUACGACAGGUAUCGAUCGUUGAAGAGAUUACUAAUCAGAGCUGGAUCAAGUAAAAACAAAGACAGUAUAUCAGAACUGGCGACGAUCCUGGAGCACGAGGCGAUGGACUUCACGUCGUCCUCAUUGCCUGGCAACUCUGGAGACUGCGACAGGCGAGCUAGUGAGCCUGAUAUGUCUCAUAGGGGCAUUCUGGAUUGCAUUGACACACCUGAUCAGUUUCCAACGGACAGCGAUAGCCAGCACAGCAGCAGCGAGGGGAGCAGGGGAGGAAUUGGGGAGAGUCUGCAUGCCAUGCCUCAGGAGGAUUUGAUGGCACAGCAGAGGCUCAUGCGCGAGGAGAAGAAGAGGCUGAGGAGGGCUCUUAAAGAGCUCGAGAUACAGUUUGAAGCACGCGCUGGACGCAGGAUGCAGAGGGAGGACAGGGGCCCUCAUGUACAAACUGUUUAUGAGUCUUACAAACAGACUAAGGCCAAACUCAGACUAAUUGACGCUCUACUCGCCAAAACUGCCUAAUUCAUGGACUUGGAGAUGUGGUAAAACGUGAGAGAUAGUUUAGUUGUUGUUAUAAAGUUAUUCGAGGGAUUUUUUGCGGAAAAAAAGUUCUGGGAUGUUUUUUCGACUUAAAUCAUUCAGUAAGAAGAUAAUUUCAUAUGGGGUAUUAGAUAUUCUCAUUAAUAAAUCAUUUAUAGGGAAUCUCUUGUAAGAAAUCGCUUAACUUUUCCCCUGAAAUCGUUAUCAACGAAACCUAUCACGUUUUACCAAUUCACCACGAAACAUUUAAUUUAUCCCAUCAUCUCAUUAACUUUUGCUGGAUACACUUUUAAUUUUCGUCAUUUGAACAUGUCGUUUUUUAAUUUAUUAUGACAAUAUCCAAAUUGGAAAGAUAAAUUUUCACAACUCAUUAAAAAUUUGUGAGCUUGGAGAUUAGUGCAUGUACCCUAGAAUCUAAUUGCAAAUUAGAUAUGGAAGAGAGAUUAUUUUUCAAUGCUGCGAUCUGAAUAUUAUCUAUGAAGAUAUAUUAUUACGCGUUGACUCCUAUUAAUUAUUAUUAUUAACGAUUGAUUAAUUGAUAUAGAGGAACCAAAAUAAACGCAACACAUUGCGAUUGCCACGAGGGCCUUUUUUCGUGAUUAAACUGAUUGUACGUUACAUUUUGAGAUGUCAUUUUUCAUUCUGUGGCUCCUAUUGUUUUUUUUAAUGUAUACCAAAGCAUCUUUUAGUCUGUGAUAAACCACUUUGCAUGUGUUGGAUAAAUUUUGGUCGUACGAAGAUGGUAAGCUGGGGAAAGUUAUGAGAAGUUUUUUGUACGUAAUAAUUCUCUCUAUGAGUAAUACAACCAACAGCGGUAAUUUUUAUCAAAAACGGAAGAAAAACAUAAUGAAAUAGCUGAAAAAAAACUUUUAAACUAUUAAUUAAACUUUUGUAUGUAACGUCAAAGAUAAUUACGUAUUAAUUUCGUCAGGAUGCGAAUUAAAAGGACAAUUACUUUAACACAAAAUAACUCACUGCAGCUGAGAAUUCUAGUGGUUUAGGCUUACAAAUUUUAUAUCAUAAGAUUAAAUGAUAAUAUAGUUUUAUCGGAUUUCGGUAGAUCUAGGCAGAGGAUUGAAAUAUUGAUUUCAGCUGGAAAAUUAUAAUUUACCAUUAACAAAAUAUUUUUUAUUGAAUUAAUUGAUUCGACAUAUCUAGAAUUCAGCGCAGAUUCUCUCUGCUAUUGGAGCUCCAGUAGGCAACGGAGGUAAUUUAAUAACCCAGUCAUUGAUGGAUAAUAAUACAUAGAUUAAUGGAUAAUUAAACAUUAAAACAGAACACGGAAAAUGGAAUCGUUGAUCUUGAAUAUGUCACACGACUGCUGAAUCAUUAUCACCUUCGACACGAAAGUAUUCGUGCGGGAAAAUAAAUAUUGACGAUGUUUGCUCGUUGUUAUACAUAUGUGUUGGAUAAAUGUAUAUAAAAAUAUAUGUAAACAUCUUAUACAUAAACGAUAUAUUCUAUAUGAGUGAGGAUGAAAUAAAUCAUCUGUACUUGGA